AUGACAUCAUGUAGUCCGGAGAAUACAAAAAUGGCGCCCAAGACGCGUGCGUCUGACUAUAAGGAUGCCCAGGAUGCUAAGCAUCUUUUGGAUAUGAUUGGAGAAGUUGUACAAAAACAAGCUUAUAGUGAAGCUCUAACGCGUGGUAGGAGUGCGUUGCAAGGACGUUUGUCAGAUGCAAGAUUUCUACAUGGUACAUCGUGGGAACAAGCAAACCAAAAUGUAUGUAGUCUAAAACAUACACAUGAUACUAAUGUUAGGUGGGGUGUCAUUCAUCCGUGUGAUAACAGAUUAGGGAAUCUUUAUUCCGAAGAAAGUGCAAGCCAAUGUUCUACCAGCAGAAUUAGUGGCAACAACUCUGAUUCUGGAUCCUGCGCUCCAUACAGAAAAUUACAAUUAUGUGAUUAUAAUUUAGAAAAAAUAACUGACGCCAAUGUAACGAAUACUCAUAAUUUAUUGGUAGAUGUGUUACUUGCAGCAAAACAUGAAGGAGACUCCUUAUCUAAAUAUAUGAAAGAAAAUCCUAAAAUUAUUCCAAAAUCUAAUGUAUGUACCGUUUUAGCACGAAGUUUUGCAGAUAUUGGAGACAUUAUAAGAGGAAAAGAUCUUUAUGUUGGUAAUAGAAAAGAAAAAGAAAAAGAGAAAUUACAAAAGAAUUUGAAAAAUAUUUUCGCGAAAAUACAUAGUGGAUUGACGAAGAAAGGCGCAGAAGCACGCUACAAAGAUAAUGACGAAAAUUAUUAUCAAUUACGAGAAGAUUGGUGGGAAGCUAAUAGAGCAAAAGUAUGGGAAGCCAUGACAUGUAGCGUAGAAGAUGCUUAUUAUUUUCGACAAACAUGUGGUGGAGAAAAAACUGCGAGUACUAACAAAUGUAGAUGUGUAAAUACCGAUCCCCCAACCUAUUUCGAUUAUGUGCCGCAGUAUCUUCGGUGGUUCGAGGAAUGGGCAGAAGAGUUUUGUAGAAUAAAAGAACUAAAAUUAGAAAAUGUAAAAACACGUUGUCGUGGAGAAAAAGAUGGUGAAAAAUAUUGUAGUCGUAAUGGAUACGAUUGUACGGGAACUAUUAUAAAACGGAAUAUAUUUCGUCCGGAUCCUGAAUGUACUAACUGUUUGUUUGAAUGUAAUCAUUAUCAAGAUUGGAUAGAUAAUAAAAAAAAAGAAUUUGAAAAACAAAAAAAGAAAUGCGAAAAAGAAAUAUAUAACACUUCUACAACAAACAAAAGAACAAAUAAUAAUGUUAAUGUUAUGUACUAUGAUGAUUUCUACAAAGAACUUCAAGGAAGAUAUAGAACAAUCAAUGAACUUUUAAAUUCAUUAAAUGAAGAAACCAAAUGUAAAAGUACAGAAAACACAGAUAAAGAAAGUAAAAUUGAUUUUAAUGAUAGUGAAAAAACUUUUUCUGCUUCCAAAUAUUGUAAGCCAUGCCCUGACUGUGGAGUCGUAAAGCAAGAUGAUGGAAAUUUUAAAGUAAGAGAGGAAACUGAUGCUGAAUGUCAGGUUAAAAAUGACGCUACUCCACUAGAUGGCGUCAAACCCACUGAUAUUGAGGUCCUUUAUAGUGGUGUGGAACGUAAACAUAUUUCAGAAAAAUUAAGCGAAUUUUGUAGCAAACCGGAUGAUCAAUAUGGUAUUAAAAAUGAAAAAUGGGAAUGUUAUUAUAAAAGUAGUGUAGAUAAUAAAUGUAUAAUGCAAACGAAUAAUCAAAAGGUUGAAAGUCAUUCAAAAAUUAUGAAAUUCUAUGAAUUUUUUAUAUUUUGGGUUACGUAUAUGUUAAACGAUUGUAUAGAUUGGAAAAAAAAAAUUACAAAAUGUAUUAAUAAUGGUACGAAAUGGAGAUGUAAAAAUAAAUGUAAGAAUAAUUGUAAAUGUUUUGAAAAAUGGGUCAAAAAAAAACAAGUUGAAUGGAACACGAUGAAAGAACAGUACGAAAAACAACCAGAUCUUGUAAAUAACCGUCAUUUUACAACUCUUGAAUGGUUUCUGGAAGGUCAAUUUUUAAAAACUAUUGAGAAGGCCUAUGGAAAUGAAGAUGCUAUAGAAAAAAUUCAGGAAUUUUUACAAAAGAAGAGUAAACAAGAGGAUGAUGAAAUAAAGGAUAAAAGAGACAUAAUCGAUAUCUUACUUGAACACGAAUUAGACGAAGCACAAGAAUGCAAAGACAAUAAUCGAGAAGAAAAAAAUUGCUCCAAAGAGCCUCACGAUGAUCUUGAUGACGAAGAUGAUUUGUACGAAGAUGAAACGCACUAUAAUCCGUGUAGCGCCCAACCUGGUGGUAGAUACACUGUGCGUGUGAAGGACAUAGCGAAACAAAUGCAUCGAAGGGCAAAAACACAAAUGAGAAAUAAUAGUGUUGUUGAUGAUGAUAACAAGUUGGAAGGCGAUAUAUUUAAGGUGACAUUUAGAAAUGGUGGUAAGGGAAGUGAAUUGCAGGGUGAAAACAUAUGUAACAUUAAUACUACUCAUUCCAAUGAUAGUCGUGGAUCUAAAGGUGAACCGUGUAAAGGCAAAGAUGGUUCAGGUGAGCGCAUGAAAAUAGGAACGGAAUGGUCAUAUAUUAAAGAGAAAGAAAUUUCAUACAAAGACUUCUAUUUACCACCCCGACGACAACAUAUGUGUACCUCAAAUUUAGAAAAUUUAGAUGUUGAGAGUGUCACUAAAGAGGAUAAGGCUAGCCACUCAUUAUUGGGUGAUGUUCAACUGGCAGCAAAAUAUGAAGCAGAAAACAUAAAGAAACUGUAUGUAGAAAAUAACGACCGAAAAGACCAGGAGGCUAUAUGUCGUGCUGUACGUUACAGUUUUGCAGAUAUCGGAGACAUUAUACGAGGAAGAGACAUGUGGGAACAUAAGGAUCAGACAACUCUACAAAAUCAUUUAAAAAGUGUAUUUAAAAACAUUAAAGAAAAACUUCCUGGUAUCCAAGGCAAAUAUGCCGAUGAUGAACGCAACAUACCCGCAUAUAAAUUAUUGAGAGAAGACUGGUGGGAAGCUAAUAGACGUCAAGUAUGGAAAGCAAUGACGUGUGAAAACAACGGUAUUAAGUGUGAUGCCCAUAAUGCUAAGCACCCACCCCCAGACGAUUAUAUUCCUCAACGAUUACGUUGGAUGACUGAAUGGUCCGAAUGGUAUUGUAAAAUGCAGUCACAGGAGUAUGAGAAGUUGAAGGAGGGAUGUAAAAAGUGUAUGGAGAAUAAGGGUAAAAAUUGUAUUAAAGACACUCCAGAAUGUAACGAUUGCAAGCAAGCAUGUGAAGAAUAUAAUAAGAAAAUAAAAGAAUGGGAAAAACAAUGGCACAAGAUUCAAGUACAAUACCUAAUGUUAUAUUAUGAAGCAAACACUACUGCUCGAUAUGGUAUUCAUGCCUAUGCUUAUGCUGUAGGUGAAAAAGACAAACCUGUGGUAGCUUUCUUACAAAAAUUACAAGAAGCAAAUAAAAGCAGUGCUUCCAAACGUUCAAAACGCUCAACCGAUGGUACUACUACCGACACCCUUACCCCAACUACCCCCUACAGCACAGCCGAAGGAUAUGUACAUCAAGAAGCUACAAUGAAUUGUGAUACACAAACCCAAUUUUGUGAAAAAAAACAUGGUGGUACCACACCUACUGGUACAAAUGACACCGACGCACCUUACACCUUUAAACAACCUCCACCAGAGUAUAAGGACGCAUGUGAGUGUGAUGGUAAGUCACCACAAGCGCCAAAGAAGGAAGAAGAAAAAAAAGAUGCGUGUACAAUAGUUAAUUCACUUUUGCAAAAUAAGAAAGCAACAGAUCCUAUAGAUGGGUGUAAUCAGAAAAGUGACGCAAAUUGGGAUUGUGAUCCAAGUACGUUUGUGAAUGAUAAUAAUAAUGGAGCAUGUAUGCCUCCUAGAAGAAUAAAAUUAUGCAUAUACUAUUUAGAAAAUCACACUCAAAAAGGAAAUAUAAAAAAAGAAUUUCAAUUAAGAGAAGCAUUUAUCAAAUGUGCCGGAGCAGAAAUUUUUUUGUUAUGGCAAAAAUACAAAACAGAUAACAACAGUGAUACGAAACUCCAAACCCAAUUAGAAAGUGGACAAAUUCCUGAAGAGUUUAAACGUCAAAUGUUCUAUACAUUUGGAGAUUUUAGAGAUUUAUGUUUGGGAAACGAUAUAGGUAAAGCUGAUAAUACUAAAGAUAUAUCAACUACGGUUAAUCGUAUUUUAAGUGUCACAAAUGGUGAAACACAAACUACAGCUGAAAAUUGGUGGGAAAAAAACGCAGAAUCUAUUUGGCAAGGAAUGUUAUGUGGUCUAUCACAUGCCGUUAGUGCUAGAGACAAAGAGACAGUACAAAAAACACUUACCAACAACCCCUCCUACAAAUACGACCUCGUCAAAUUCAGUGGUAGCGACAAUCCCCCCACGUUGGAGAAAUUCGCACAAACCCCCCAGUUUUUACGAUGGUUUAUUGAAUGGAGUGAUGAAUUUUGUCGUGAGCGUAAGGAGAAGUUGGAUAAAUUGCUGAAGGAAUGUAAGGAAUAUGAGUGUAAUGAGGAAAAUAUGGAUGAGAAAAAAAAAAAAUGUGAGGAUGCUUGUAAAGUAUAUGAAGAAUGGCUUCAAGGUUGGAAAGACCAAUAUAAAAAACAAAGCAAAAAAUUUACAACAGAUAAAGAAAAAAAGGAAUAUAAAGAUGAUCCCGACUUAGACGGCGCAACAUAUGCCUAUCAAUAUUUGAGCAAAAAAUUAAAACCAAUUUGUCAAAAUGGAACUACUACUGACAAAUGUGAUUAUAACUGUAUGGAAAAUGCGUCGAGACAACCACAAACAUCUGCUUGCAGCCAAGAACAACAACAACAAGGAAACACAUCAUCUACACAAAACCAUUUUCCUGAAGCGUUCGAUUGUCCGCCUAAAGAAAUUGGUGACAGGUGCAAUUGUCCUAAACUUCCGGAACCUAAAUAUUGUGUAGACAAAACCGCAUAUGAUAUAAGAAAAGAUGCAGAGAAAAAUAUAAAAGAUAUUUAUAGUAGCAUUAAAGGAAAUGGGGAAAUUUAUAAGGGUAAAUGUAACCCCACAGAAACGAAAAUAGAUGAGAAUGGGAUAAACACGUGUGAAUUCAAAAAAAGAUAUCCUAAUGCAAAUAAUUUAUUGGACACAUCUUGUGAUAAUAAAGGAAAUGAGCGUUUUAAAAUAGGACAAAAGUGGAAUUACAAAUAUAUAUAUAAAAUAGGAAAGAAUUUAUAUAUACCUCCAAGAAGACAACAUAUGUGCAUCAAUCAUUUGAAGCAAAUAAUUAAAUAUACUGAUACGGAUAGUACUACUUUACUGAAAAAGGUUCAAGAAGUAGCAAAAAAGGAAGGAGAUGAUAUAAUAAAGAAACUAUUACCAAAAUAUCCUUGUAAUGAGGAUGUAAUUUGUAAAGCUAUGAAGUACAGUUUUGCUGAUUUAGGUGAUAUUAUUAGAGGAAGGGAUAUAUAUAUAGGUAAUAAUAACCAAAUAGAAAAUAAAUUGCAACAAGUAUUUAAAAAUAUAUAUGAUUCAAAUAAACACAAACUUUCAAAUUAUAAUGAUAAUGGCGAUAGCAAAUAUACUAAAUUAAGGGAAGCAUGGUGGGAUGCUAAUCGAAAAGAUAUUUGGAAAGCGAUGACUUGUGCUGCACCGGAAGAAGCAAAAAUUUAUAUUACCAAAGAAGGUGGAUAUAUAUCUCCUUUAACCUCGACCAAAAACCAUUGUGGGCAUAAGGAUGAUCCUCCUGAUUAUGAUUAUAUUCCUCAACCUUUACGCUGGAUAAGUGAAUGGGGCGAACAGUUUUGUUUAUACCAAAAACAUUUAUUGGAAUCGAUGAAAAUUUGUGAGAAUUGCAAGAAAAACAGUGGAGAAUGUAAACAAAGUGUUCAUGGAGCAUGCAUGGACUGUAAAAAAAAAUGUGAAGAAUACAAGAAAUUUAUAGAAAUUUGGAAAAAACAGUUUGAAACACAAAACGAAGCAUAUAAAGAAAUAUAUAAAAAAGCUACAUCUAACGGAAGAUAUUUUAAUGGUAUUGAUGAAAAUACUAAAAAAUUUGUAAAAAAACUUAAGGAUACCUGCAAAACGGGGGACUUAGCUAGUGCAGAUAAAUAUCUUGAAAAUGGAAGUGUUUGUCGAAGAUUUAAAUUUGUUAAAACUGAUACUCAUAUUAAAAAUUACGCUUUUCACAACACACCACUUAGUUACAAAGAACAUUGUGAAUGUGCUAAAAAUUUUGAUCCAUUGGAUGAAUGUCCUGUUGACAAGGACGAAUGCAAAAAAUAUGGUAGAUAUUCUUGUAGGAAAAAUCACUAUAACAAAAAUCCGAUAGAAUGGACAAAUCAUUUCGUAAAAAAAAGUAUAAGGAACUAUGAAGCUGUGAUGGUGCCUCCUAGAAGAAGACAGUUAUGUUUGAUAGGUAAUAGAAGAUUUGUUGGUAGAGUCAAAGAUGAAAAAAUGUUCAAGGAAUAUCUUCUUCGUGAUGCAUCCAGUGAAGCAAAAAUGCUGAGUCAAUACUAUAACUUUGAUAAUGAAAAAGCAUUACAAGCUAUAAAAUACAGUUUUGCAGACAUAGGAAAUAUUAUCAAAGGUGACGAUAUGUUAGACGAUGGAAUAUCCGAAAAAAUAGAAAAUAUUUUUGAACAUAAAAUUAACAAACGAACUCAUUCAUCAUCAUUAUCAUCAUCAUCGUCAUCAGGACCAAAUAUCACACCUUCAACUUGGUGGGAAAAAAAUAAAGAAAAAAUAUGGUAUGUUAUGAUGUGUUAUUACACUGGAGAACAUAAAACAGCUACUAGUUGUCCAUCACACAAUGAUAUUGAUAACGAAGAUCAAUUUCUUAGAUGGAUGACUGAAUGGGCCGAAUAUUUCUGUAAAGAAAAAAAAAAAGAAGUAGAAGAAUUAAUUGAGAAAUGCAAGACAGAGAUUACAACAAAAACAUAUCCCACCUCUAAUCAGAAUAAACAGAGUUCAUGUUACAAAGUGUUAGAAAAAUAUAAUCAUUGGCUGUAUAAUAGAAAGCUCGAAUGGAAUGAUAUAUCGAAAAAAUAUCAAACAUAUUAUAAUGAAAAUUCUAAAUCAACACAAUUGAAACGAAGUGCUCAAGAAUAUGUUGAUCAGAGGUGUAAGGAAUGUACAUGUAAUUUUGAUGAAAUAAUAGAAAAAUACGAUAAAAGUGGGAAUGGAAUUUCAAUAGUUCAUAGUUUAUUAAAAGAUCUUAAUCCAGGAAGAACAUGCGGUCCAGAUACAUCUCAUAAAAGUGACACAAAACCACCCUUACCCCCACCUCUGCCUCCAGCAGUAGAUCCCCCUCAAGCGGAGGAACCGUUCAAUCGUGACAUUCUGGAAAAAACCAUUCCUUUUGGAGUGGCGUUGGCAUUAGGAUCCAUUGCUUUUUUAUUUUUGAAGAAAAAAACACAAACUCCCGUGGACCUAUUCAGUGUUAUUAAUAUACCCAAAAGUGAUUAUGAUAUACCUACAUUGAAAUCCAAAAAUAGGUACAUACCAUAUAAAAGUGCUCAAUAUAAAGGCAAAACAUACAUUUAUAUGGAAGGAGAUUCAGACGAAGAUAAAUAUGCAUUUAUGUCUGAUACUACUGAUGUAACUUCCUCAGAAAGUGAAUAUGAAGAAUUAGAUAUUAAUGAUAUAUAUGUUCCUGGUAGUCCUAAAUAUAAAACUUUGAUCGAAGUGGUAUUGGAACCAUCAAAAAGGGAUACACAAAAUGAUAUACCUAAUGAUAUACAAAAUGAUAUACAAAGUGAUGGUAUACCUAGUAGUAAAAUUACAGAUAAUGAGUGGAAUACAUUGAAAGAUGAAUUUAUAUCACAAUAUCUACAAAGUGAACAACCAAAUGAUUAUAAAAAUGGAAAUAUUCCAUUGAAUACACAACCGAAUACUUUAUAUUUUGAUAAACCUGAAGAAAAACCUUUUAUUACUUCUAUUCAUGAUAGAAAUUUAUAUAGUGGAGAAGAAUAUAGUUAUAAUGUUAAUAUGGUUAAUAGUAUGGAUGAUAUUCCAAUUAAUCGUGAUAAUAAUGUUUAUAGUGGUAUAGAUUUAAUUAAUGACGCACUAAAUGGUGAUUAUGACAUUUACGAUGAAUUGUUGAAACGAAAAGAAAACGAAUUAUUUGGAAAAAAUUAUAAGAAAAAUACAUCAAACAAUAGUGUAGCUAAAUUAACAAAUAGUGAUCCAAUUAUGAACCAAUUAGAUUUGUUACAUAAAUGGUUAGAUAGACAUAGAGAUAUGUGCGAAAAGUGGAAAAAUAAUCACGAACGAUUAGCCAAAUUGAAAGAAGAGUGGGAAAAUGAGACACAUAGUGGUAACACUCACCCUAGUGAUAGUAACAAAACGUUGAAUACCGAUGUUUCUAUACAAAUACAUAUGGAUAAUCCUAAACCUAUAAAUCAAUUUACUAAUAUGGAUACUAUCUUGGAAGAUCUGGAAAAAUAUAAUGAACCUUAUUAUGAUGUACAAGAUGAUAUUUAUUAUGAUGUAAAUGAUCAUGAUGCAUCAACUGUGGAUAGUAAUAAUAUGGAUGUUCCUAGUAAAGUACAAAUUGAAAUGGAUGUAAAUACGAAAUUGGUGAAAGAGAAAUAUCCUAUAGCAGAUGUAUGGGAUAUAUAA